AUGGGUGAUGUCGAAAAAGGCAAGACUUUUAUUCAGAAGUGUGCCCAGUGUCACACUGUGGAGAAGGGAGGCAAGCAUAAGACUGGACCAAACCUCCAUAGUCUGUAUGGGCAGAAGACAGGCCAGGUUGCUGGAUUCUCUUACACAGAUGCCAACAAGAACAAAGGCAUCAUCUGGGGAGAGGAUGCCCUGAUGGAGUAUUUGGAGAAUCCCCAAAAACACAUCUCUGGAAUGAAAAUGUUCUUCGCUGGAAUUAAGCAGAAGGGAGAAAGGGCAGAUCUAAUAGAUUAUCUUUAA